GCCCCAUCACGAGCUCACAUGGGCUUCAUUCAUUGUGUUGACGUCUGUCCAUCGACUAAGCUUCUCAACCUCGAACAACAUCGACAACACAAGAUUAACGAGAACAUCGAGGCACACAGCAAUAACGCGUGGGACUGCCCCAGCGACCGCUUGCGACACGUACGAGACUGCUUCUUCCCUCGGCUGAUACCCAGACAGCCGACUCACACAACACGGGAAGCCAGACCGAUUACCUAUCCCGACUGACGGCCAACACACCACUCGACUAUUGGGUCCAGCUGUUCCGACGCCGGCCUUCGUCACCUCGCAUCCAUCUCACAGGCCGCCUGUGAAAUAUCUCACUCCAUCCGUUGAGCCAAAUCCAAAAUGCCGUUUGACACAGAGCUUACCAGACGGCUUGGGAUAAGGGUCCCGGUCGUACAGGGCGGCAUGAUGCAUGUUGGUUACGCCUCUCUCGCAUCCGCCGUGUCCAACGCUGGCGGCCUGGGCCUCAUCACAGCGCUCAUCUUCCCGACGCCCGAGGAGUUGCGCCAGGAGAUUCGCAAGUGCAGGACCCUGACGCAGAACCCCUUCGGUGUCAAUCUGACGCUGCUGCCGUCCAUGGUGCCCCCUGACUACCCGGCCUACGUGCGUGUGGUCGUUGAGGAGGGCAUCAAGGUUGUCGAGACUGCCGGCAACAGCCCGGGUCCCGUCAUUGCCGCGCUCAAGAAAUCUGGCAUCAUUGUGCUGCACAAAUGCACCACCAUCCGCCAUGCCGAGAGCGCCAUCAAGAUGGGCGUCGAUUUUCUGUCUAUUGACGGCUUUGAGUGCGCCGGGCACGUGGGCGAGUCGGACAUUACGAACUUCAUUCUGCUUAGUCGGGCGCGACAGUCGCUCAAGGUGCCCUUCAUCGCGUCGGGCGGCUUCGCCGACGGGCAAGGCCUAGCCGCAGCGCUCUGCCUAGGCGCUUGCGGAAUCAACAUGGGCACCCGAUUCAUGUGCACCGUCGAGGCCCCCAUCCACGAAAACAUCAAGCAGGAGAUUGUGCGGGCCAGCGAGAUGGACACGGCCCUUGUCCUCCGGCGCUGGCGCAACACCACCCGCCUCUACCGCAACAGGGUGACCGAGGAGGCCAUCAAAGUCGAGCGCGAGAGCACGACGGGCGAGUUCUCCGAGAUCGCACCCUUCGUCAGCGGUGCCCGGGGCAAACAAGUCUUCAUCAACGGCGACCCCCAGUACGGCGUUUGGACGGCCGGCCAAGUCAUUGGCCUGAUCCACGACAUCCCGACGUGCGCAGACCUCGUUUCGAGGAUCGAGCGUGAGGCCGAGCAGUCGCUUCGUGAGAAACUGUCGCUGCUCAAGCCGGAGAGCAAGUUGUAGAAACGGCCGGUCCGUUAUGGAGUAUAUCUAAGAUGUAGAUUUUUUUUGGGGGGUUUUUGUUUGUCGAGCCCUAGACUCGCUUUGGAUUUUUAGAUGCAACUCUGUCCAUUUUCCUCUCGAGUUCUUGGUCGUUGAGGCGCCAUCAGGGUCUCGAUGAUGAUCUCCACAGCAGCAUUUCGCUUACAUGACCCUAUUCUUCCAAUUUUUCUUCACCAAUCCAUUUGGGAUUGCGUAUGCAGCGUUGAGGCAGGGCCUUGAGUAUCAACCUUGUCCCUGCGAAGGGUUUUCGCUGAUCAUUUGACGUCCGAAUUGAAAGACUUGGCGGUGAUGCAGGCGCCUCAGCCUCCAUCAACGUCGACUCAUGAUGCAGCCAGGA